GUAGAUGUCAAACUCCAUCAGGUCAACUAGAAACGAAUUGCCUAUUUCUCUAUUUAAACAUGACAGAUAAAGUGCAGACUGCCUUACUGAUCUUAGCAGUUGGAGAGUUUUCAGUUGGGAUCUUAGGGAAUGCAUUCAUUGGAUUGGUAAACUGCAUGGACUGGGUAAAGAAGAGGAAGAUUGCCUCCAUUGAUUUAAUCUUCACAAGUCUGGCCAUAUCCAGAAUUUGUCUCUUGUGCAUAAUACUGUUAGAUUGUUCUACAUUGGUGCUGUAUCCAGAUGUCUAUGCCACCGGUAAACAAAUGAGAAUCAUUGACUUCUUCUGGACACUAACUAACCAUUUAAAUAUCUGGUUUGCGACCUGCCUCAGCAUUUACUAUUUCUUCAAGAUAGCUAAUUUCUUUCACCCAGUUUUCCUCUGGAUGAAGUGGAGAAUUGACAGGGUGAUUUUCUGGAUUCUACUGGGGUGCUUGGUUCUCUCUGUGUUUAUUAGCCUUCCAGCCACUGAGAAUUUGAAUGCUGAUUUUAGGCGUUGUGUGAAGGCAAAAAGGAAAACAAACUUAACUUGGAGUUGCAGAGUAAAUAAGGAUCAACAUGCUUCUACCAAGUUAUUUCUCAAUCUGGUAACGCUGCUCCCCUUCUCUGUGUCCCUGAUGUCUUUUUUCCUCUUGAUUCUCUCCCUGCAUAGACAUAUAAGGCGAAUGCGGCUCAGUGCCACAGGGUGCAGAGACCCCAGCACAGAAGCCCAUGUGCGAGCCCUGAAAGCUGUCAUUUCCUUCCUUCUCCUCUUUAUUGUCUACUGUUUGUGCUUUCUCAUCGCCACCUCCAGCUACUUUAUGUCAGAGUCGGAAUUAGCUGUGAUUUUUGGUGAGUCUAUAGCUCUAAUCUACCCUUCAAGCCACGCAUUUAUCCUAAUACUGGGGAACAAUAAACUAAGAACUGCAUCUCUAAGGGUGCUUUGGAAAGUAAUGUAUAUUCUAAAAGUAAGACAAUUCUAACAACAUAAACAGAUCUGAAGAGAAACUAUGUUUUUCUAGGACAAACAAAAAUAAGAUGUUUCUAAGGCACCUUCAGUCCUUGCAUUCAUGUUUU